UUUUUUUUGGGAAGAAGGGAAAACUGCUCAGGUAAACCCUAACACUCGUUCCGGUUUUCAACUUCUCACCUCACCGCCUUCAUCUCCUUCAUUCACCCGUACUGCUGAGAAAAUCCGCCAUUUCUCAAUGGAGAUGCAAAUUUCUUCCCCUGCAAAUUUGUUUUCCCUUGUGAUUUGUGUCACUCUUACUCAAUCCCGCUACACCUAUGUCCUCUCCAAUGUUAUAAAACUUCUAACUUCUCUCAGAUUGCAGACCUUGUUCGACCAUCUGGGUGGAUUUUGCAAUUUUAGGUCUUGUGUUUGGUUUAUAAAUUGCCCUAAAACUUCUCUUUAUGGGGUCGAUGUUAAAUUGAUGAAAUUCGGCAUUUGAACUUCAAUCAGGAGAUUAUGAACAACUAUAUAGGUUCAUAACAGAUCUCUCCUUCUAUGGAAUCAGAGUUUUAUCUCAUUUCAGGUCUGUUCAAGGAUUCACAAGUUUGGCCACCAACUUUCUCGCCAAUUACAGGUACCUACAAUUUUUCAUCUGAUUCUACUAUGUCGCUGGUGUUUGGUGUUGUUUUCAGCUGCACAGGUGCUGCUUCUUGCUGUUGCAGGGUGUGGGUUGUGCUCCUGAUGUGUGCAGGCUAUUCUGCAGGGAGUCCAGGUGUUGCAGUCAGGUCUACAGGGAGUGUGGUGUUCGAUUGCUGCUGUGUGCAAUCUUAUGUUGCGUACCCUUUUAUUGCGUUUGUUGUGUUUGGUUGUUAGGGAGUGGUCUGUACUCCUCUAACUUUUUCUGCUGUUUCGUUGUUUAGAUACUUUUGUUCAUACCUUUUGGUAUUAAAUUUGUGUUUUAGAGAUAUAUAGCUAGCUAAUUUAAUAGUUUGGACAUGUGUAAACUUAAUUUGAUGAUAUGAUAUGAGGAUUUGGAGCGAGCUAAUACGUAUUAUUAUAUAUA